AUGUACGAAAUUGCACAGGAUCACCCAGGUUGCGGAUUUGAAAUGGUGUUUAAUGUUAUGUUCACUUUUGCCCUGUCGCCCAAAGGCAAGGCGGCAUCCAACGGCUUUGCAUUUGUGGUCUCGGCAAGCAACACAGUAGGGAACAGUGUUGGAGUGGGGUACGGAGGGAUGGAUGAACGAAGCAUGGCGAUUGAGUUUGACGUGCUUCAAAACAAGCCACAUGGCGACAUGAAAGAGGAGCACGUGGGGCUGAACAUUCAGGGCCAGGACAAGUCUAUUGCUGCUGUGAAAUCCCCGUUCAAGCUGACCAACAAGCAGGCAUACACGGCAUGGGUGGACUAUACACCUGGGGACCCCAGAACCAUCCAAGUGUUCCUGGCGAACACAGCAGAGAAGCCGGGGAAGCCGCUGCUGAAGACGAGGCUGUCGCUGUGUGAGGUGCUAAAGCCAGGACCGCCGCAACCACAACCAGCGCUGCCACGGGCGUUUUAUUUUGGCUUCGUGGCUUCCACCACAGUGAAGCCGUUCACGAUGUAA